AUGGCGGCGCACAGGUUUUACGUUGGAGUUGUGGCGAUUACGGCCGUCGUUCUCGCCAUCGCCCUCCCUGCCGUCCAGGCUCAGACUGAGGCUCCGGCUCCGGCGCCCGCAAGUGAUGGUCAGAUCUUCUCUCCGAUACCUCGUCCUUGUUUCCGCGUUCUCUCCGUCAUCGCUCGUUCGACUCUGCAUGCAUAUCUCAGGGGAUUUCAUUUUCCUGAGACCUCCUGAGCAGCGGUGCUCUACUUUUCAUCGUUCGGUAGUUUUCCACUGUUUUCCUCUUCUUGUGACUUCUCUCCCACCCUGCCCCCUUAAACUCUAUAUUCUACGGUUGAUUCGUCGGUGACGAACUAGUUUCCGUGACAUCUGGCAAAUGCUUCGUCUUCGCAACACCGUUUUUCCUGAUUAGCAUUUCCUUCUCAGAUCACGUGUAAUGAACUUUUGACGCGGUUGGCGUUCUCCUUCAUUUUGAAAAUUAAAAUGAAUCAUCCCGCGCGGACGGGUAAAGUCCAAAAUAACGCAGCUCAGAUCUGCUGCUGAGCGACUAGCUUGUUUCCUCGUCCGGUCACGUUAGAUGUCCGCAACUGUUUAUUCAUCCACCUUGCCGCAGUUACGCCCCCUCCCCUUCACUGCAGUAACGGACGCGCUGUUUCCUCCUCACAGGAACUUCGAUCGACCAAGGAAUCGCCUACGUCCUGAUGCUGUUGGCCUUGGUCCUCACCUACCUCUUCCAUCCCCUGGACGCCGCCGAGUACAAGCUCUUCUGA